ACGGUGCGCGCGUCACGGGGCUGCCAUAACGGUUCGGCUCCCGUUUGGCGCGUGCUGAUCCAUUAGCAUGGGUCGCUGCGCCCCAGAGCCUCCGCGUGUCAUGUCCCGGCUGCGCCUCUGGGCCCCACUGCUGCUCCGCACGUGGCAAUCAUUGUGGCUGCUGGUCCAGGCAGCUCAGCCUCCGGAGUGGGCCCUGGACCAUGCCCAGCUGACCGCAGACCUCCUGGGGCCCACCAAGCCCUGGUCUUCACAGUCCUCUCAAUUCCCGCCCGAAUCGCUCCAGGCACUUACACCCCCAGGAGAGGGGUCCUCUGCUCCAGCCCAGAUGUUGUCCCUGCCUAAGGAGUUGACUGAACUGUUUCCGUUCCCGGACACGGAUUCAGUUGGUAAGCUGCCCCCAGAGGCAGAUCAGGAUCUGAUUCACAGGCUAACCCAGCUUGAAAGGCUCCCAGAGGUGGUUCCAAGGCUAGGUUGGGAUCAGAAUCAGACCAUAGCUCCGCCUCCUCGACUCCAAAGUACGAUUAAAACUGUAGGUCUAGAUCAGGCGGAAGAUCACCAGUCAUUUGAAAUACUUGUUCCACCUCUGGAUAGUCACAGUUCAAAGCCAACGAAGUUUAUUGUUUCACCCCCAAACCUGGAGAAAGAUCUAGCUCAGCAUCAAAGGCUUGCCAAAGUUGUUGGAACUCCAAACCAAUUUGCAAAUAAAGACCACCUACAACAACAGUUGCAGGAUGGUUAUUCAGAUUCCAGUAUGGAUAUCCUAUAUCCUGAGGUGAAUUUACCAAUGGAUUUCCCAGGGGGAUCAGAUCAACCUCCAAAGCUCCCUGAGGAGGUUGAAAUUCCUCCACUCCUGCAGGAGACCCCAAAUCAUCUAGAGUUGCCUGAGGAAGCUGAAUCUUUUUUGCCUCAGGUGGAGGCCCAGGCCGAACAUUCAGAGCCCCCUGAGGAGAUAGAAACAUCUCCAAUUCAGCAGGGGGCUCCAUCUCAGCCUCCAGAGAUCCUUAAGGAAGGUGUAAACCCACAGGAGACCCUGGCUGAGCCUUCAAGUACCCCUGAAGAAAUCAAACUUUCUUUACUCCAACAGAAAGCCUCAGCUCAACUGACAGAGGCCCCUGAGGAAGUAGAACCUUCGACCCCUCAGGAGGCCUCAGCUCAACUGACAGAGGCCCCUGAGGAAGUAGAACCUUCGACCCCUCAGGAGGCCUCAGCUCAACCGACAGAGGCCCCUGAGGAAGUAGAACUUUCGACCCCUCAGGAGGCCCCAGCUCAACCUCCAGAGCCAUCUAAGGAGAUGGUACCUCAACCAAUAGCACAUGAGGUGAAUGUGCCAUCUCUGAGUAAGAAUGAAGCUCAGUGGCCAAACUUCAACGUCACUGUUAAACCUGUGGAUCUG